GUCUGCAAACAAUAACAACUUCAACAAUAACACGAAACCGGAUGAGGGUUGUGAUACUGAUAGGCAAUGCGCUGAUUUUUUCUAAAAUCAUUUCAUCAUCUCAUCGUGCAUCGAUUCAAAACCUCAUUAAAAUUCAAAGAGGCGGCCAUCACAGCUUGAUUGCUUUAUCCGUCCGUUUAACUGAUUUUAAUCGAUUAGAGGUUAAACGACACUCGACAGCUAAUUGGUGUAAACUAAUCUGUUGUGUAAUGUCAAUAAAGGUGUGAAAACUCACGAGUCAGUGUGUAUUACAUGUAUUCCCUAUCAGAGCGGUUCGCUAAUUUCAAUAAGCUAUUUGUGCGGGAAAUGUCUUCAACUCCUGUUAAAAGAAAACAAAAUUCAUCUGGGACACCAAGGAAGGCUAAGAAGGCCAAACAAGAAGAUGCUAAUCCAAACAACUUCACCGAAGAUGAUAAACAUGUCUUCUUUUUUGGAAAGAAAUGUGUGUUCAGUCAGUUUCAUCCGGCCUACUUUGUUGAGGGAGACCUAAAGUUUAACUGCAUGGAGCAGUACAUGCACUACCAUAAAGCAGUGACAUUCAAAGACAAGCAAAUGCAAAAGCAGAUCUUGGCAAGUGAUGAUCCACUGACUCACAAAAAGCUUGGUCGCAAAGUGAGCAAAUUUGAUCCAAAAGUUUGGGGCAGUGUUUCUCUGGAAGUUGUUAAACGUGGCAGUAAACUCAAGUACAACCAAAAUUUGGAAAUGAAAAGAAUUCUGUAUGGCACUCACCCGAAACAGCUUGUGGAAGCGAGUCCAAGGGACAGACUCUGGGGUGUAGGAAUGGGACAGAGUAAUCCAAAGAUUCAUGACCCCAAAAACUGGAGGGGAAAGAAUCUUCUUGGAGAAGUACUAACAGGGGUUCGUUAUGAGAUGAUGCAAGCGGAUGGUGUAUUGGACACUGGCAAAGUAGCAAAGAAAAAUAGCGAGGAAAGGAUUACUGUUGAGGAAGAAAAGGCGGGCCAGUCGACGAGUGUGACAGAUAAAAACAGCGAAACCCAGAACAAGACUGAAAAAAUGUCACUUGAACAGGUAACUCCCCAAAAAAGUCCUGAGAAGACAAAGAUGAAAGAACAAGAAGAAACAAAACAAGAUAAAAGCAGCGCAACCCAGAACAAGACUGAAAAAGAGACACUUGAACGGGUAACUCCCAAAAAAAGUCCUGAGAAGACAAAGAUGAAAGAACAAGAAGAAACAAAACAAGAUAAAAGCAGCGAAACCCAGACCAAGACUGAAAAAGGGACACUUGAACGGGUAACUCCCAAAAAAAGUCCUGAGAAGACAAAGAUGAAACAACAAGAAGAAACAAAACAAGAUCAGAGAUAUACUGAGCAAUCUAAAUCAAAGGAAACAAAAGACGAAGGAAAGACGAUUGUUAAACAGAAGGAGACAGAUGACAACAAAUCAGCAAAGAAAAGAAAGCGUGAGGAAAAAAGCAUGGACAGAAAAGAAAGCAAUGAAAGUUUGUCAAUGAAGAAGAGAAAGCUUGAUGAAAGUUAGAAAAGCUAAGAGUAGAAGAUAGCUUAAAAGCCUUUUAAGAUAAAGAUUAUAAAGGUUAACGAUCUGUAACUUCGUAUAGUGGUCCACUACAAAGUUGGUUUGAUCCUAAGGUUGCAUAAUGUGAGGUCCCAGCACUCUCACAUAGUUAGCUUCCUAGACUCACUAAACAUAUCUUGUAUGUUAACUUCAACUUCCAGAUAUUAUUUUAAUUAUAGAUAAUCUUUUUUGAUGUGCACUUAUGCUGGGGAAUAAGCCAGAGUACCAGACAGAAACCUCACCUGUUUGAUAUGGUGACCACAAACCAAACCAACAUUCGCAUAGAUUGAGGAUUGAAGCCGAGUUGCCGAUGUAAAAAUUGAGUGAAUCAACACUGGGCAAAACAAAUAGCUUAUAUAGUUUAUAGAAACCUUUUUGUACUAUCAAAAUUUAGGUGAAGGUUUGUGUUUGUCAAUUGAUAACCUUAGUUUGCAUCAACCAAACUUCAAACUUUGAAUAUUGAAAGCUUGUUUGGAGACCUUUUCAUUUGAUCUAGUUUUGUCAAGGUAGUUUUCAUUGUAUCUUAAAAAAGAUUAAUGGAUUCAGCUGAAUAACUUAUUUUAGAUGGAAGAUGUUAAAUAAAUUUCUUGUAUACAUGUAGCUUACAACCUGACUAAACCUUGGUAAAUAAAACAUUUGCUGCUCAAUACAUUUUGAAUUGAGGUAAUGCGCUGAAAUAAUGUAUGCAUUUAGCUUACAUGCAGACCUCAGUUGGGAUUGCAUUCAAGGCCCUGGUGGCUGCAAAUACACUACACUACAAAUAUCAAACUAAAAGAUCACAAAUGAAGCUUUGGUCAUUAUUAUAUGCUCUUUGAAUAAGACCACUUUUUCAGGAGUGCCAACAGCAAAUUAGAAAAUCAGCUGAACAUUUCGACGGGGAUGAAGGGGGCAGGGCACCCUUGCGGGUCAAGGGUGGAGCCUUGGUGGGGGACCAGGGGGCAAAGCCCUGGAAGCUCCUGAAUUCAUACUGAUUUCAAAGGGCAAUGCCCUGAACACUUCAUGGCUUUAAAUCCAGUAACUGAACAAGCAAAAUAUUGUUUUCAUUACUUUAUUAAACUCUAAAACCAAAUUUCCACCAAUACCUGGUACUCUAGUUCUCUGUAAAACUAUGAAACAUAUGUUUGAAUGAAAGUGAGGCAUCUGAAACCAUUGAGAGGUCAGCCAAAAAAACUAUUAUUUAAACAAAUAUAACUGAAAAAGCUCAAGUUUAGUUGGGAUAUGCAAGUAGAAAAUAAGCAUGUAACUCAGUCAAAAGGUUUCAGCUUUAUUUACAAAAAUGACUGUUACUGAUGGUAUCAUGGCAAUAUUCAUUGAAAAACAAACAGCAUCUGUGAUUGCAUGUGAAAGAGGAACUUACCUCAGCAACUUUUUGUACCUGUAAUCAAGCUGAAGGGCCUUAUGCCUUUUUGAUAUGUAGUUGAUUUAGGUUAAGGUUUGAAACUGUGCACUGUUUUCUAGUGAAAUUAGGUCGCGGACUAACAAAAUACUCUGAACUGCAAUUAACCAUAAUUUUGCCCCUUUGAUUAAUGUUUGGGGAAAACACCAUACUUAUAUAAUAAGCAAGACUAUUGCCAAGCAAUAUAUGUCCCCUACCGGCUCCACUAUUGUCAGAAUUUUUUAUGCCCCCGGAUCAAAUGAUCGGGGGUAUAUUGUUUUUUGCCUGUCUGUCAUUCUGUCCCAAAAUUUAACCUAGGUAAAACUUAAACUUAUAACUUUUGCAAUAUUGAACUUGAUAUUUUGCAUGCAUGUGUAUCUCAUGGAGCUGAACAUUUUGAGUGGUGAAAGGUCAAAGGUCAAAUAUAUGGUUUCAAAGCGGAGUCCAAACUUUAACCUUGGUCAUAACUUUUGCAAUAUUGAAGAUAGCAACUUGAUAUUUGGCAUGCAUGUGUAUCUCAUGGAGUUGCACAUUUUGAGUGGUGAAAGGUCAGGUCAUCCUUUAAGGUCAAAGGUCAAAUAUAUGGCUUCAAAGCGGCGCAAUAGGGGGCAUUGUGUUUCUGACAAACACAUCUCUUUUUUUUUAUAUUAUUUUUUGCCAUAGCAACCAGACUUUUUGAUGUAGGAACAAAAUGAAAUGACGUGCAUUAUGUCCAUAUUGCCAUCUAUCCAUGUUACAAGUGUCAUUAAAAAAUAUGAAGAACUUUUAAAGUUAUCGCAGGAUCCAGAAAAGUGUGACAGACAGACAGACGCACAAGGCGCAAACCAUAAGUCCCCUCCGGUGAAACCGGUAGGGGACAAUAACUGUAUUGUGUUCAUUCAUCAUAUUUUCUUCAUGCAUGGUAUACUCAUGCUUGUUAAUUUUGCUCUUAUUGCGGUGUGGACUUUGCUCAAACUUUCACACUGAAAAGAAGUUAGGUGAUUGUAAAGGAAGGAACUUUGUCCCCGACCAUGUUAGGAAGUGGAAUAGCACUUUGUAAUUUUUCAAUUUUAAGUAUAUACAUGUAUAUUGUAUAAAUGAUUUUGUGCUCGGGGCUAUUCAGCCUUACAAGAUAUGUGUCAUUAAAUAUGUAUGUGCCAUACAAUUUUAAUCUUGUUGCAUGAAUAAAUCUUUAAAAUGUG